AUAAGGAAGGAUCCGAACUACUUUCCUCUUAACUUUACAAAGAAGAAUAUGUGUUUUAAGCUUCGUCCGAGAUAAGAUUUUAAAAACAAUUCUUUCCCCCAUACAUUUAGCCAGGUAUUGUAACGUAUGUGUAUUUUUUUUUCUUACUGUUUAAUUAAGUACAGUACAUCUCCAUCAAGUUGUUAUAAUAUAUAUUAACAUCUUACUUUUGCAACAUGAAAGGUUUUGACAGCAAUUAAAAGGUUUUAUAUAACAAUAUUACUAUUAUGUAAGUGUGUGGUUGUAUCUAAAUCAGUCAAAAUUUUACGAAGUAUUGUGAUAGUGAAGGAAGGAGCCGUCUGUGUAGGAACUAGAGCUCCUUGCCAAAUUAAUGUUACUAAACAUCAAGAUUCGGAAAUGGAAAAUGAAGAAGAUAAAGAAAACGAUACGAAGACAGUAGAGGAUGGAAAUCAGAAGAGGGCUCGAAUACAAUUGGAUUCUGUUCCCAGAACGUUAGGAUGUUCAGCACCAUCUUCGAUACCUUCAUCACAACAAACAGACGAAACGGGGGGUAACAUACCUGGUUGCAGACCAUUAGCAGUCUUAUUACGACUAAGAGUUACGCAAAUUGUUGCCGGUAUACUGUUUGUGCUACUCGGAACCGUAGCUUGUUUAGAAGAUACCACUCGUUAUACUUUAAGUGUUGCUAUACCAGCAGGAUUUCUAUCCGUUCUGACUGCCGUUAUAAAUAUACAAGCUAAUAGGAAAGAAUACGGCAUGGGACUUUUAGGUGUAUCAGCCGCUCAUACGUCUAGUUUAAUGUGGAGUACAAGAACUUUAAGAUCUAGGAUACUGACUCUAUUAUGCACUGGUGCGUGUUUGGUUUUAUUAAGUUUGGCAUGCUUAGCUGCUUCUAGUCGUACUAAUAAAAACCAAGCCGCUUUGGGUUGUCUUCAAGCUCUUACUUCUAUGACAAUAUUAGGUACAGAAGCUGCUGUUAUCGCUUUGAGAUGGCAUUGGGCUACCAAGCAUCAAAGUACUUGAAGGUGCUUUUAAGGACACUCUGUAAGUGAAAUAAUAAUAGUUUUAAGCCACUAAUUAUUAAGGGAAAUUCUUUUCCUUGACUAUUAAAAUAUAGUAUUGAACAUGAAAUUGAUGUCAGCUAGGAUUAUCAGUAGUGAUGAAGAUAUAUAUAUAUAUAUAUGUAUAUUCUACUUAGAUUACCUCCAUUAUGAUUUGCAAUAGGUAAGUAAUAAUACUAUAUCAAAGUAUGUACUGUCACAUUGAGUUCGUUUACUACGAAC